UGCUAAGGAAAUAAAUCCCUGGGUUUUAAUAACAUUCCUGAGACAACGUUGUGGCCCUGCAGUUUUAAAAAGCUGGAAAGGAAUAAUAGGAACUUACUUCCCAAGGUGAGGCAUGCUUAAAAACGAAAGACAACGGCACAGAAGACCAGGUGAGGAAUUGAAGUUGACCCUUGCAAGCAAGGGAAGGAAUGAUUUAACAAAGGACUGAGAUCUUCAGCUUUUUGAAAUUUCAUAAUGUGGAUAUUUCUCCUCCUCCUGGCUUCCCCACAAUUUCUGGCAGCACAGAAUACUUGCUCGCAUGGGGCUUGCUAUCCACCUGUGCGAGACCUUCUGAUUGGAAGAAUCCAUCACUUGAAAGCUUCUUCUACUUGUGGGCUUGUCCAGCCUGAGACCUACUGCACUCCAUAUGGGCAAUGGCAGAUGAAAUGUUGCCGAUGUGACUCCAGAACCCCACGAUCAUUCAACAGUCACCGGGUGGAAAAUGUCCUCUCUUCCACUGGACCUAUGAGAUGGUGGCAGUCCCAGAAUGAUGUGAAUCCUGUCUCUCUUCAGCUGGAUCUAGAUAAAAAGUUUCAGCUUGACAGCAUCCUCUUGGACUUCAGGAGUCCUCUGCCUGUUGGUAUGGUCAUUGAACGUUCUACUGACUUUGGCAAAACCUGGAAGGUGUAUCAGUACCUAUCCACAGACUGUGCCAGAUCAUUUCCACGGAUCGCCAGAGGCCUCCCUCAGACCUGGCAGGAUGUGCGUUGCCAGGAUAUGCAGACUCAACACAGACCACCUCAAAAUGGGGGGAAGAUUGAGUUCAACCCCAUUGGUCUUGCAUCUGGGAUGACCAUGCCACAAAGUCAAAAAAUCAACAAUCUGGCAGAAUUUACCAACCUGAGAAUCAACUUCACUGAGCUGUCCCACCUUCCACUCCAUGGAUAUCACUUACCCAGUGCUUUCUAUGCUUUGACUGAGAUGCAAGUGCGAGGGACCUGCUUUUGCCAUGGCCAUGCAGAUCGUUGUGCUGCCCACGGUGCUGGUUCGGAAGAAUCCAAUACUAUGAUUCAAGGGAAAUGUGUGUGUCAGCACAACACUGCUGGGCCAAACUGUGAGCGCUGUGCAGAUUUCUACAAUGACCAGCCAUGGAGACCUGCAGAAGAUGACAGCCGUAAUGAAUGCCGUCGGUGCAACUGUAAUGGACAUUCCAACAAGUGUCACUUUGACCCAGCUGUGUACCAAGCCAAUGGAGGAAGGAGUGGCGGUGUGUGUGAAGACUGCCAGCACAAUACAGCAGGGAGGAGCUGUGAGCACUGCAAGACCAACUUUUUCCGUAAUCGGCGCUAUGAUCUGAGCCACCCAGAAGCUUGCCUCCCUUGUGAAUGUGACCCAGAUGGCACCGUCCCUGGUUCUAGCUGUGACCCUAUGAAUGGCCGCUGUGUCUGUAAGGACAAUGUUCAAGGAGACCGUUGCCAUCUGUGCAAGCCUGGAUUCACCCAGUUAACCAAUUUGAACCCUCAAGGUUGCAGAGAUUGCGCCUGUAGCAUCUUGGGCACCCGCAGCAACAUGCCAUGUGAUGAUGAAACAGGGCGCUGCUUCUGCCUCCCCAACGUGGUGGGAGCGAAGUGUGAUGCAUGCGCUGUGAAUCACUGGAAAAUUGCCAGUGGCGAGGGCUGCCAACCCUGCAACUGUAACCCUCAGAAUUCUCUCGGCCUUCAAUGCAACCAGUUUACAGGACAGUGUACAUGCAAAGAAGGCUAUAGUGGCCUAACAUGUUCUAAUUUUGAAGUCCAGGUUUGUCCAGACCAGACGUAUGGUGAUAUCAGGACAGGAUGCAGAGCUUGUGACUGCAAUUUUCAAGGCACAGUGGAGAUGGGGUGUGACAAGCAGACAGGAAGGUGCCUUUGCCAUCCUGGCUUUACAGGAUCCCGCUGUGACCAGUGCCAGCGGGGCUAUUGUGACAAGCACCACCGCUGUGAGGCAUGCCACCCCUGCUUCCAGGUUUAUGAUGAAGAGCUCCAUAGGUUUGGCUUACGACAGGCCAGUUUGAAAAAUUCUACCCAGCACCUCCACAUGGGAACAGUGAAUUCUGGCUUCAGCGCUCAUCUCUUAGAAGCUGAAAACGAAGUUCAGCACAUCCGAGAGAUUCUGAAGAAUCCCCUCAUGAAGGAAGAGGGACUUGAUCAAGUGAGGCAUGCAAUUGCUACAAUCAGGCGGACCAUUGAAGGUUUAAGCUCUGAACUGCCCCUUGUGGAUGAAGUGUCCUCUCUGUCUGUAGAUGUGGAAACUCUGGAGAAAAGCUUACUUCUGAUAAAUGUGGAGUAUGAAAAGAAGAAGGCUCAGUUUGAAGCCAACCGCAGCACAGACCUCUCAAGAGCAUUCAAGACUGUCAGCAAUGCGUAUCAGACAUCUUCCAAUGCCAGCUUGCGCAUAGCUGGAUCUUCUAGACUGCUGGCUCAGUCAAUGGAAAAAAGGAGACUUGCUGAAGAGCUUGAAAGUGAUCUUACAGGACAGGGGUCAGGACUAGAGGCUCUGCUGGGUGAAAUGGCUCACUCGCCAGACUUGACAUCAGUCAUUAAUAAGAUUUGUAGUGGUAUCCGUUCAGAGAUUUGCACCCCCAGGGAAUGUCUGGGAGAGCUGUGUCUCCAGCAAAACAUUACAGAAUGUGGCCCUGGCCUGAGUUGCAGAGGAAUCAUUUCACUUUCUGGCAGCUCCAUCCAAAUGGCCAGGAAAACCACCCAAGAAAUACGCAACUUGAAUAUGAGACUUCUGGAAACUGCACAGAAGAUCAAAGCUGCAGAAAUAGCUGCCAACAAGAUUCAAACAAAUACCCGGAGCUUGAGUGGCCAAAUGAGCACAACUAGGACCCAGAUAGAGGGAGACAUCCGACGGACUCAACAGUUCAUCCGUCAAGUUCGCAACUUUCUAUCAGAUCCAGAUACCGAUGCUGCUACCAUCCAGCAGGUCAGCGAUUACGUCCUCUCCCUUAAUCUCCCUACGGACUCUGCUGUGAUCCUCAGAAAGAUGGCUGAGAUUCAGAAACUAGCUGCCAAGCUGCAGUGCCCUGAGAACAUCAUUGCCCAAACUGCUGAGGACAUUGCUAGGGCCAAACAGCUUCAGCAAGAAGCCGAAGAAGCCAGGAACCGAGCCAAUGCUAUUGAGAGUAAUGUAGAAGAUGUGGUGGACAAUUUGAGACAAGCAAACACAGCACUGCAAGAGGCUGAAGACACUAUCCGUGGCUCUGGUUAUUCUCUCCAAUUUGUUCAAAGCCGCCUUGAUGAGAUUCAAACUGUCCUUGGUCCAGCUAAGAAGAGUGUGAGGGAGAUCACUGAUCAUCUGGAUGGUUUCUCUGAGAGACUUCGCCUGUUGCAGAACAAAGCCAACCAGAACCGGCUGAUGGCUGUUGAUGCUGAGCAGAGAGCAUCAGAAGCUAGUAAUCAAGCUAUGAAUACUCAACAGGGAUUUGAACAGGUGAAACAAAAAUAUGCAGAACUGAAGAAGCGGAUGAAGCAACAGCCAUUUCUGGGAGAGCAAAGGGCUCGGAUCCAAAAUGCCCAAGAGGAAGCCAACACAUUGUUUAAAGAAGCCUUGAGUACAGCAUCCAAAAUGGGAGCUAUAGAAACAGAGCUCCAAACAAGUAAUGAUGCACUCAUCCUGGAAUCAGCCAAGCUGGCAGGCCUAGAGAAGAAAGUGGAAACAAUUCGUGAUUAUAUUACCCGCCGAGUUUCAUAUUAUGCCACCUGUACAGAUUAGAAUGAUUUAUUCUUGUCAUCUGGUUGAUGCUUUCCCCCUAAUGUGCAGAAUUGCCUCUUUCUAAAUAAAACAAUUUUAUCAGCCA